AGGGAGUUAGGUGAGUUACAGUCCAACAGGAGUGAGUUGCCUGCAUGGUAGCUGCAGGCUGGGCUCUCACCGGAUCCCGCAGUUUUCGGUUUUUGGCAGAAAGAAACAAGAUCAUUUGGAAAAGAAAGAUAAGUUCUCCCUUGAGUUAUGACAGAAACAGAAAAGCUGUCCUGCACCAAUCAACACUGAAAAUGCUUUUAAUGCAUGGGUAAUCCUACGAAGAUUGACUUAACUGGACAUAAUGGCUGGCUGGCUGCUCUCUGUGAUGAGUAUUGAAGUACUACUUUUGGCAGAACCUUGCCUGGAUUUAUGUAUUGAACCUGAAGAAGGUAGCCUUGUGGGGGGAACAUGGAUCACAGUCAGCUUUGAUGGUUUGGAUUCAUCUGUCCUUUACCCCACCAACGGCUCUCAACUGGAGAUACACCUGGUGAAUGUGGCCAUGCCUGCAUUGCCCAGCAUCCCCUGUGACGUCUCUCCUGUUUUCUUGGAUUUGCCUGUGGUGACAUGCCGGACCAGAUCUCUGCCAUCCAAAGUGCAUGAGGGUCUAUAUUCCCUGGAAGUGCGUUCUGGGGAACAGAUGGUAGACAGCCCAGGUUCAAGACCACAAGACAGCUGUAUUUUCAAGUUUUCUGAGGCACAGACACCCAUUGUUUACCAAGUUAAUCCACCAAGUGGAGUUCCAGGAAAACUAAUACAGGUAUAUGGUUGGAUUAUCACUGGAAAGUUGGAGACCUUUGAUUUUGAUGCCGAGUACAUUGAUAGCCCAUUGAUCUUGGAAGCUCAAGGAGACAGAUGGGUCACUCCUUGCUCUCUUAUUAACAGACAGACUGGAAGCCACUAUCCUUCUCAGGAAGACCAUGGUCUUGGGACUCUGCAGUGCCGUGUGGAAGGCAAUUACAUUGGCUCCCAGAAUGUCAGUUUCUCAGUAUUUAACAAAGGAAAGUCAAUGGUGCACAAAAGUGCCUGGCUGAUCAGUGCUAAACAGGACCUCUUCCUGUACCAGACGCAUUCAGAGAUCCUAUCCGUGUUUCCAGAAACUGGGAGCCAUGGGGGAAGGACAGAUAUCACAAUUACGGGAGACUUUUUUGAUGAUUCUGCCCAAGUUACCGUUGCAGGCAUUCCAUGUGAUAUUAGACACGUGUCACCCAGGAAGAUUGAGUGCACCACCCAGGCUCCAGGAAAGGGUACAAGGCUCACUGCUCCUCAGGCAGGCAACCGGGGGCUUCUUUUUGAAGUUGGAGUUGCUGCUGAUGGCUUGGAACUGACUGAAGCCACCCCUGGGUACAGGUGGCAGAUUGUGCCUAAUGCUAGUUCUCCGUUUGGAUUUUGGUCAAUGGAAGGACAACCUUUCAGAGCGCGGCUCAGUGGGUUCUUUGUGGCUCCAGAGACAAAUAAUUAUACCUUCUGGAUCCAGUCAGACAGCCCAGCUUCCUUGCAUUUCAGUUGGUCAGAGGAACCAAAGGCUAAGGUGGAAGUGGCCUCCAUCAGGGUUGGCACUGCUGACUGGUUUGACUCCUGGGAGCAGAAUGGGAAUGAAGGACCCUGGCAACAGAAGACUCCUAAGAUGGAACUGUUGCAGGGAGCCAAGUACUACCUGGAAGCAGAGCAUUAUGGGACAAUUCCUAGCAAGGGAAUGAGAAUUGGGGUUCAGAUCCACAACACCUGGUUGAAUCCCGAUGUGGUCACCACUUACCUCCGAGAGAAGCACCAGAUCCGAGUCCAAGCCCAGAAACAUCCAGAAAUACAGAUGCUGAAUGUAUCAGGCAGAGGAAACCUUUUUCUUAUGUGGGACAAUGUCUCUAGCCAGCCAAUCCCUGCAAACGCCACAGCCCAUCAGAUUCAAACCACCAUUGAGGAGUUACUUGCGGUAAAAUGCACACUGGAACCCCUUUCUGCCAACAUUCUCCUCCGGCUUGGAUUUGAACAAGGCCUGGAAGGUUCCAGCUCCGAUGGGGAUCUCACCAGUGGGACAGAGCCCUUCUGUGGUAGAUUCAGCCUCCAUCAGCCUCGGUACCUUGUCCUGACACUCUCAGCUACCCAAAUGAGCUAUCGACUAGAUGAGUACCCACAUCUGUGUCUUGCAUACAAAGGUCACAUGAAUAAGAUCCUGAAGAUGACUGUGUCUUUCACAAUUGGCUUGCAAACCAUCAAAAAGAAGAACAGCACCUGUUACUGGAGUUUGCCUGGGACCAGCCCUGAGAGCUGGCAGUUCACAUGCACUGACCUCUGGGACACGUGCUUGCAUGGCUCCAGGGACCUCCAGCCCCCUCUGUCAAAUGUCCCUGUGUUGGUUCAUCAGAUUGUCCUCCUUCCUUCACCUCAGGAGACUGGUCAGCUCUGUGUGGAUGAAAUUAUUAUUGCAGACACAAACGUAACAGUUUCUCAAGCUGAUUCUGGAACAGCUCGUCCAGGUGGGAACCUGGUGGAAUCCAUUUCUGUGGUGGGAUCCCCUCCAGUCUACAGUGUAGCCUUCUGGUUGGCUUGUUGUGGCUUGGAGCUCCCGCUCAUCACUGCACGCUCUGUGCCCAAUGAAGGAACAGAAGGAUCUGGACUGGUCCAGGUGACAACACAGAGGCUACAGAGGACAAGUCCACCUUUAGGAGGAUUCUUUCGCAUCCUACUUCCUAACGCAGUGAUUCCUGAUGUCCCUGUGCACAUUUCUGCUGCGAACCUUCACAAACUCUUACAGGACAAUGCUGAUGACUUCACCUCCAGAUACCUCAAUGUCAGUGAUUUCACUGUGAAGGAGGAUCUAAACUCUUGCUAUGAACAUGUUUGGACCCUUUCCUGGUCCACCCAGAUUGGGGAUUUGCCCAAUUUUAUCAGAGUGUCUGAUCAAAGUCUGACUGGAAUGAAUCCUGCUGUAACCACCCAUGUGGUAUUUGAUGGUGGAGUUUUUCUUGGACCUGUGUUUGGAGACAUGUUGGCUACUGCCAACCAGCACACUCAGGUGGUUGUAAGAGUGAAUGAUAUACCAGCUCAUUGCCUGGGUUCCUGUGCUUUCCAAUACCUCCAACAGUCAACUCCCAGUGUCCUUUCUGUGUGGUAUUCCUCUGAUGGUGACAUCAAUCUACUGGUUUAUAUUACUGGAACUGGUUUCUCUGGUGAUUCCCAGUCUUUACAGGUUACAGUGAACAAAAUAAGUUGCAAAGUUAUUUUCUCAAACCAAACAAAUGUAGUGUGUCAGACAGACCUGCUGCCAGUUGGAGUGCAUCCAGUCUUGGUGUUGGUGAGACCCUUUGGUCUUGCUGUCAAUACCAGUGGAGAAGGCCUCUUCCUGUAUGUGAGACCCAGGCUGGACACUGUGGAGCCUUCCAGAGCCGCAGAGAUUGGAGGCCUCUGGGCCACCAUCCGAGGCUCUAGUUUGAAAGGUGUUAGUCUGGUGUUAUUUGGAUCUAAGUCUUGUGACAUUAACAUCACCACAAGCAAUUCUCAAAGAAUUCAGUGCAAAAUUCCACCCAGGGGGAAAGAUGGAUACAUUGUGAAUGUGACUGUUAUCAGAGGGGGUCAUUCCACAGUUCUUCCCAGAGCAUUUACAUAUGUCUCCUCUUUAAAUCCAGUGAUUGUGUCUCUAAGCAGAAACAGAAGCAGCAUAGCAGGAGGCGAGACCCUCUUCAUUGGAAUGGCCCAGAUGCUGAACUAUUCAGAUUUGGAUGUGGAAACCCACAUCCAGGACACUUUGGCUCAGAUACACGCACAGACGGCACAGGGCCUGGAGGUGGUGCUGCCCCCACUGCCAGCUGGCCUCCACAGAAUUUCAGUUUCCAUCAAUGGGGUCAUCAUUCCCUCACAAGGGGUUGAUCUGUAUAUCCAGUACCUCACGGAAGUCUUCAGCAUGGAGCCUUGCUGUGGGUCCCUUUUUGGUGGAACGAUCAUCAGCAUCUCAGGAAGAGGGUUUGGCAGGGACCCAGCUUUGGUUUGGGUACUCGUGGGCAAUCAGCCCUGUGACAAGUUGAACUUGACGGAGGAGAGCAUCUGGUGUGAGACCUCACCCGCCCCCCUGCUGCACAACACAGAUGCUCUCACCAUCCCGGCCCUUGUGGAGGUUUGGGCUGGCAACACGACCCUCAUCCAUGGACCUUCAGCAAGCUUGGUGGGCAAGGGCCUCACCUUCGUGUAUGAAGUGGCAGCAACACCCGUGGUCACCACCUUGUGGGGAGAAGUCACAAAUAGCAGCCUGAAGUUGUAUGUGGAAGGAAGUAACCUCUCUGACUCUGUCAUUCUUCUGGGGAGUUUGAAGUGUGAGGUGGAGACACAGUCUCUUGGGGGCAACCUGAGCCUGUCUGGGUGCUCCUUUCCCCUGCACAGCCUGGAGGCAGGUGUCUAUCCCAUCCAAGUGUGUCAGAAGCAGAUGGGAUUUGCCAACAUGUCCUCAGUGCCCCAGCAAUUUGUGGUGACACCUCGGAUAAUGACCAUCUUCCCAACGCAUGGUUCUGUGUGUGGUGGGACUUUGCUCACUGUCAGGGGCUUGGCUCUCAACUCUAGAAGGAGGUCAGUUCAGGUCAACCUUUCAGGUCCUUUUACUUGUAUGAUUUUGCAUUUGGAAGACAGUACAGUUCUCUGCCAGAUCAACCUGAUGGAUGACCACUUGCCUGGAGCUUCCUUUACUCUGAACAUCACAGUUGUGGUCAAUGGGCUGCCCAGCGAGUGUGAAGGGAAUUGCACUCUCUUCAUGCAAGAGGAGAAAAGUCCUGUAGUGGAUGCCUUGACCACAGACAUCAGUGGACCUCUGACCACUGUGCUGAUAAGUGGUCAGAGACUGUGCACCAGAGCUGAGAAGCCAAUGGUAUUUAUAGAUGAUCAACUUCUUUGCAAUGUAACUUUCUUUAAUGCAAACCAGGUGGCAUGCCAAAUAAGUGACUUGACACCAGGACUCCACUACCUAUCAGUUGUUCAGACAAGCAAUGGGUAUGCUUGUUUUGGUAACAUUUCUAGGCAUUUCUCCAUUAUACCUCAAGUCUUUCAUUAUUUCCCUAAGAAUUUCAGCAUACAUGGUGGAAGCCUCUUGGCUAUAGAGGGCACAAUCCUGAGAGGACAGAACACCACAUUAAUCUUUGUUGGCCGACAGGUCUGUCGGACAGUGAACAUCAGUUCUGAGCUCAUCCAGUGCAUUGUUCCUGCAGGGAACGACUCUGUUGCUCUGGAAAUGGAGGUAGAUGGAAUCUGGUUCGACAUUGGAGUUGUUAGUUACAGUGAUGCCUUCACCCCAGAAUUGCUCUCUGUUUCUCAGAGUGAUGGCAUUUUAACCUUUGCAGUGGCCCGGAUCUCAGGACCUACCAAUGUUGACAUAUUUAUUGGGAGGACACCCUGUGUGGGUGUGUCCGGUAACUACACGGUUCUCCAGUGCACAGUUCCUUUUCUUCCUGCGGGGAAGUACCACAUCAGAGGUUAUGACUGCAUUAGAGGGUGGGCCUCCUCUGCGCUUGUGUUCGUGUUGAAUGCAACUAUUACGGCAGUGACUGAGAACUUUGGCUGCCUGGGUGGAAGGCUUGUACAUGUGUUUGGAGCAGGGUUUUCUCCAGGGAAUAUCUCAGCUGCUGUGUGUGGUGCUCCUUGCCAAGUCCUGGCUAAUGCUACGGUGUCUGCAUUCAGCUGCUUGGUUCUGCCCUUGGAUGAGUCCUUGGCCUUCCUGUGUGACCUGAAGCACCAGGAGGAUAGCUGUGAAGUCAUCAGCCACACCUAUGUGCAGUGUGAUUUGACUGUCACCAUGGGGAUGAAGAGACUGCCCGAAUCAUGGCCUUACCUCUAUGUUUGUGAAGAAAGUUCCCAGUGUCUCUUUGAACCAGAUCAUUGGAAACAGUCAGCCUUUCCAUCAUUCUCUGGCUUUUUCAUCAGCCCUAAAGUGGAAAGAGAUGAAGUUCUCAUCUAUAAUAGCUCCUGUAACAUUACCAUGGAAACUGAGGCAGAGAUGGAGUGUGAGACGCCUAAUCAGCCAAUUACCGCCAAGAUUACUGAGAUACGGAAAAGCUGGGGCCAGAACACUCAGGGCAACUCUUCCUUUCAGUUCUGCCGGAGGUGGUCCAAGGCUCACAGCUGGUUUCCUAAAAGAGUGCCACAAGAUGGCGACAACGUCACAGUGGAGAAUGGCGAAGUGCUGCUGCUGGACACUAAUACCAGCACCCUCAACUUACUGCACCUCAAAGGGGGCAAGCUGAUUUUUAUGGAUCUAGGACCUAUAGAGCUCAGGGCCCACUCCAUCCUUGUUUCUGAUGGUGGAGAACUCCGCAUUGGAUCCAAGGACAAGCCCUUCCAAGGCAAAGCUGAGAUCAAACUCUAUGGGAGUUCCCACUCUACACCCUUCUUUCCCUAUGGAGUCAAGUUCCUGGCUGUGAGGAAUGGAACUCUUGCUCUGCAUGGUCCACUGCCAGAGGUAAUCAUCACCCAUCUUCGAGCAGCUGCCCACGCCCAGGACAGAGUGUUGGCUUUGGAAGAUGCUGUGGACUGGCACAGUGGGGACGAAGUGGUCAUCAUCAGUGGGACAGGUGUUGGAGGUGCCAGACCAGUGGAAGAAACUGUCACUGUGGAGGCUGUGCACAAUGCAGACCUCCACCUGAGGUCACCCUUGAGAUAUUCUCACAACUUUUCAGAGAUUUGGGUGGCUGGAGAGCACCACAUUUUAAAGGUCACAGUGGCUCUGCUCAGCAGGGGUAUUACCAUACAAGGAAAUCUCACUACUGAGAGGAGGACAUUCCUGGCUUCCUGUCAGGAGGCCAACGUGGCAGAAGGCAACCUGCAGCUUUGUUUGUACUCCAGGAGUGAGAAGAUACUGGGAUCCAGGGAUCUGGGGGCCAGAGUCAUCAUUUGGUCCUCCUCAGAGGAGCCCAGCCAGGUCCAGCUGGAGGGCGUGGAGUUCCGAGACUUGGGGCAAGCCUUCCAUAAGCACCUGAGUUCGCUCACUCUGGUGGGCACUAUGAGAGAUUCCUAUGUCCGGGGCUGCACCGUGUGGAGCUCCUUUAGCAGAGGCCUCAGUCUGUGCAGGACCUUGGGCCUGAAGGUGGACAGUAAUGUGUUCUACAAGAUUUCAGGUCAUGCACUUCUGGUGGGGACAGACAUGGAGAUGAGCUCUAUCUCCUGGGAGGCUAUUCCUGGAAGAAAAAUUGACUGGUCAGAACAGGGAAGUAUAAUAAGAAACAAUGUGAUCAUCAGUGUUUCUGGUGCUGAAGGCCUCUCCAGUCCUGAAAUGUUCACACCAUCUGGCAUCUAUAUCCGCAGUCCCACCAAUGUUAUAGAGGGGAACAGAGUGUGUGCUGCUGGCUCUGGCUACUUUUUUCAUCUUGUGAACAGCCAAAUGUGGAACGCUCCUCUCUUCUCAUUCACUGGGAACAUGGCACAUUCUUGUACAAGGUAUGGUCUCUUUGUAUAUCCUAAAUUUCAACCACCUUGGGACAAUGAUUCUGGCCCCACUGUGCUACAAAACUUCAUGGUUUGGGGAAGUGGGGGUGGUGUCCAGAUUUUUAGAAGCAGCAAUCUUCACCUGAAAAACUUCCAAAUUUAUUCAUGCAGAGACUUUGGAAUUGACAUCUUAGAAAGUGAUACAAAUACUUCAGUUACUGAUAGCUUAUUACUUGGUCACUUUAACCACAAGGGAAGUCUUUGUAUGUCAGCUGGGAUUAAAACUCCCAAGAGAUGGGAAUUGCUGGUUUCGAACACAUCCUUUGUUAAUUUUGAUCUCGUCAACUGUGUGGCCAUCAGAACCUGUUCAGGCUGUUCCCAAGGACAGGGUGGAUUUACUGUGAAGACCAACCAGUUGAAGUUUACAAACUCUUCAAACUUAGUAGCAUUUCCAUUUCCUCAUGCAGCAGUUUUGGAAGACUUGGAUGGUUCUCUGUCAGGGAGAAAUAGAAGUCACAUUCUUGCUUCUAUGGAAACCCUUUCCACUUCUUGUUUGGUCAGUGCAAGCUUCAGUCAGAUUGUCCCUGGCAGUGUCUGUGGGGAAGGUGUUCUGUUUCACCGCAUGUCCAUUGGUUUGGUUAAUUCUCCCAAUAUUUCUUAUGAUUUAACCCUGACGGACAGCAGAAAUAAGACAACCACUGUCAAUUAUGUACAUGACACAUUGUCUAACCAUUAUGGCUGGAUGGCUCUGCUUCUGGAUCAAGAGACCUACUCAUUGCAAUUUGAGAAUCCUUGGAUCAACAGAUCUUUUCAGUAUGAAGCAACAUUUGACAACUUUGCUCCUGGGAAUUACCUACUGCUGGUGCACACAGACAUGCCACUUCAGCCUGACAUUCUCGUAAGAUGUGGGAGUCGGGUGGGUCAGUCUCUUCCAUCUCUACCAUCAUCUGGGCAGGACCAAGGCUGUGACUGGUUCUUCAACAGACAAUCAAGGCAACUCACAUAUCUGGUUGCAGGUGAAGGUCAAGUUCAAGUGAUUCUCCUGGUGAAAGAAAAUGUGCCCCCAACUAUUUCAGCUUCCACCUCUGCACCGGAAUCAGCUUUAAAAUGGUCAGUUCCUGAAACAUGGCAAGACAUUGAAGAGGACUGGGGAGGACACAACCAUACCAUACCAGGCCCUGGGGAUGACGUCCUCAUUUUACCCAACCGGACUGUUCUUGUGGAUAUCGAUCUUCCCUUCCUCAGAGGCCUCUAUGUGCUGGGUACUUUAGAGUUCCCUGUGGACAGAAGCAAUGUGCUGAGCGUGGCAUGCCUAGUCGUCCUAGGAGGGGAGUUGAAAGUCGGCACCUUAGAAAAUCCAUUAGAAAAAGAACAAAAGUUACUGAUUCACCUUAGAGCCUCAGAAGGAAUCUUUUGUGAUCGUUACAAGGGAAUGCGCAUUGAUCCAGGAACAAUUGGGGUUUAUGGGAAAGUUCAGCUUCACAGUGUUUAUCCUAAGAAAUCGUGGACACAUCUUGGAGCAGAUAUUGCCUCAGGAAAUGAAAGAAUCAUAGUGGAAGAUGCAGUGGACUGGCAACCCCAUGACAAAUUGGUCCUUAGCUCCUCUUCUUAUGAGCCUCAUGAAGCAGAGCUCCUCACUGUGAAAGAAGUCAAGGGUCAUCAUGUCAGGAUCCAUGAACGCCUCAAAUACCGCCACAUUGGAAGUGCCCAUGUCAUGGAAGAUGGCCGACACAUUCAUUUGGCUGCUGAGGUUGGACUAUUGACCCGAAAAAUACGAAUUCAGGCUGACACAUUGUGUAAGGGGAGACUACUUGUGGGGUCCUUCAGGAAGUCUAGCAGGGAAGAAUUUUCAGGUGUCCUUCAACUUCUAAAUGUGGAAAUUCAGAAUUUUGGUUCACCAUCGUAUUCAUCCAUUGAGUUCACUAGUGUAUCAACAGGAUCCUGGAUAAUAUCUUCUACUAUACACCAGAGCUGUGGUGGGGGCAUUCAUGCAUCUGGGAGUGAUGGAAUAAUUUUAAAUGACAAUAUAGUGUUUGGCACAGCUGGCCAUGGCAUUGAUUUGGAGGGUCAAGCCUAUUCUCUCACUAAUAACCUUGUAGUUCUGAUGACACAGUCAGUAUGGUCUUCCAUUUGGGUGGCAGGAAUCAAAGUGAACCGGGCGAAGGAUAUCAACCUCCAUGGCAACGUUGUGGCAGGAUCAGAGAGACUUGGCUUUCACAUACAAGGACACAGGUGCUCCUCUGAAGUGCUUUGGUCUGGCAACGUGGCCCACUCAAGCCUUCAUGGCCUUCAUUUGUAUAAGGAAAGUGGACCAGACAACCGUACCUGUAUCUCUGGCUUCCUGUCUUUCAAGAACUUUGACUAUGGUGUGAUGGUACAGGUAGGGAAUAGCGUGGAGAUAGAGAAUAUCACUCUGGUAGACAAUACUGUUGGUCUUCUGGCAGCAGUGUUUGUGUCUUCGGUUCCACAGAGCUCCAUCAGAAAUGUGCAGAUUGUGCUUAGGAAUUCAGUCAUUGUGGCCACUAGCUCUUCUUUUGAUUGCAUUCAGGACAGAAUGAAGCCUUACUCUGCCAAUGUGACACCAACAGAUCGAGCACCUCCCAACCCUAGAGGAGGCCGAGUUGGUAUUCUGUGGCCUGUGUUCACCUCAGAACCGAACCAGUGGCCUUCGGAGCCAUGGCACAAAGUGAGGAAUGGCCAUUCAGUUUCAGGAGUCAUGAAACUUGAAGGUGUCACCUUCUCUAAUUUUGUAAAGAGUUGCUCUAGUGAUGACCUGGACAUCUGUAUUCUGCCAAAUGCAGAGAACCCUGGAAUCAUGCACCCAAUAAUUGCAGAAAGGACCAGAAUGCUAAGGAUGAAAGACAAGAACAAGUUUUACUUUCCUCUUUUACACCACAGGAAAGAUUUGGAAAGAGUGAUCUGCCCUGAAUCAGAUUGUAAUAGUCCAAGAAAAUAUCUCUUCAAGGAUAUGGAUGGGAGAGCCCUAGGUCUGCCUCCACCAGUUUCUGUAUUUCCUAAAACGGAGGCAGAAUGGACUGGAUCCUUCUACAACGCAGGUACAUAUAGAGAAGAACAGAAAUGUACUUACCGAUCAUUGAUACAAGGCUUUAUCUGCAAACAGACUGAUCAAGUAAUCCUAAUUCUUGAAAAUGUUGAUGUCACUUGGGCAAUUCAGAAUUUAUAUCCAGUUGUAUCUGUUACUAGUGGUUUUGUUGAUGUAUUUAGUAGGGUAAAUGCUGAAAACCUCUGCUCUAUCCCUAGGCCUGUAUCUACUUUCUAUUCCAUUUUACCUACCAGGCAAAUCACCAAGGUCUGCUUUGCAGAUCAGACUCCUCCAGUUUUACGCUUUUACCUAUUGGGAAACAAAAGUACCUCCAAGUUUCUCUUGGCUAUAUUCUACCAUGAGCUCCAGAGACCCCGCAUUUUCUUAGGGGAAAAUUUUAUUCCACCUAGCCUAGUGCAAUCAGCUUCUUCAUUGCUGGAUGAGCCUAUUGGUGCCAACUAUUUCAACAUCAUGGAUAACCUCUUGUAUGUUGUCCUGCAAGGAGAGGAGCCCAUUGAAAUACACACAGGGUUUUCCAUUUAUUUGGCCUUCACCGUGAUAUUUUCAGUCCUAGAAAAAGGCUGGGAAACAGUGAUGCUUGAAAGACUAACUAACUUCCUAAAGAUUGACCAAAACCAAAUCAGAUUUAUUCAUGAAAUGCCUGGCAAUGAACGAACCUUAAAGACCAUUGCUGACAGUAGAGCCAAAAGAAAGCGCAAUUGCCCCACUGUGACCUGUGCCAGUCAUUACAAAAGAGUUGGUCAGCGUAGACCUCUCAUGAUGGAAAUGAACUCAUACAUAGCCUUACCACCAACCACUAUGGAAGCUAUCUCAAAAGUGAUUGUCAUUGAAAUUGGUGAUCUGCCAAUAGUAAGGAGGACUGAACUGAUCCCAUCCUUAUCAAGUAGCAAAUUACAGAAGUUGGCUCGCCAAGUCAUCACUGCUCAACAGAUUGGAGUACUGGAGAAUGUUCUAAAUAUGACUUUUGGGGCAUUACUAGUGACUCAGUCAAAAGGGACAGUCACUGGCUAUGGGAAACAGUUGCUUAAAGUGUGCAAGGCAGAAGUUGCACCAGAAGAGGAUAAUCUUUCAAUAUUGGUAGAACCUUUGUCCUGGAAGAUAAUCUUGUGUUGCCUGUUCCUCAUUGCAAAGUCACAACCUUAUCACAGCAGAGUGUUUUAAUGCUAUAUCUUCUUUUCCCUGCAGUGUAAAUUCACUAUUUUGUUGAGUUAGGUGAAUGGCAAAAUUUUUGUAAUAAUAUAUCAUAUUUGUGGCCUUAUGUUCUAUGUAAGCAGGUUUUCUAUACAAUUAAAAAUUGUUCCUUUAAUUACUUGCAUUUUAAAGAGUCUAAAACUUAAAAAAUAAAAGACAGAUUAUAUAACAUCCAGCCUUAUUAAAUGGGAAAUAACACAGAACAUUCACACUUUUAUUGAUGAUUCAUGGUUAUCAUUAAAACUAUCAUUUAUUUCACAGCACUGUUUCUGCAAUAAUGCCCUUGGGGACUAUUGUUCUUAUACUAAAUGGUCUCAGAACACUAAAUCUCUGAUUCUUGUUCUGCAGUUUACAUCUUUUAUUCUCUAUUUUCCUUGUGAACAGGAUGUUAAUUGUAAUCUCUUGCUGCUGCUGACAUGUCUGCAUCCAGCAAUUCCCUGCCCUCAUAUACAUGCAGUUCUAAUUCCAAAACUGAAUCACACUGUCUAAAAAUCAAAGAAGUUAAGAUUUUUGUGCACACAUGGUGAAGUUGUAGGUAAAUGCAAUAGAUUCACAAAACCCUACAAUUUGGUUGUUUUCUUAUUCCCCAAAAUUAUUGAACAGCUAUUACAUUCAAACUGUUAUUUGACUUCUAUGAAAAUCUAGAUAUUUUUUAUUUAGUAGAGAGGUAAAACAACAUUUAUUAGCUAUUUCACAAGAAUAUAUUAAACCUCAUUCAAUCUUUCUUACAAAAAAUCAGCAAAUGAAUAUGAGUCAGCUUAACUGGUAUAGUUUUUCAUAAUACUAAAUUGAGUAUAUUUGCAUCUUUAUAUUUAUUCAAUAGUCAAAGUUUCAACUUACUGCUGUUUUCCCAAGAGUUCCUAAUACAUUUUCAUUCACAAUAAGUGAUCAUUUGACAUUUAUGACAAAUAGUGAAACAUAAUCUUCUUGGCAUCUUUAUUAUUCUGAUAGGCCUAUGUAAAUAAUACCUUAUAUUAAAUCUCUUCCUUAGAAAGACCUUGAGUGGUUUCUGUUUUCCUGGCCAGAAUAUGACUACUAUAGUCCCCCAACAUACACAGGAAAUUUGAAUAUUUUUGUAAGAUCUUUAAAAAUUCAGUAAGAUUUUCCAUUCUAGAUGAUAUAUUUGUUAGGUUAAUUAUAAAACAUUAUUUCAAAUCACUUACCAAUUAAAAUACUUCAGUUCUGUUUCCUUUACUUAAUGUUUUAAUUGACAUUUUUGAGGAUAUAACAUGUUUAUUCCAUGCUUUUAUAUAUUCCUAACCCAGUGCAGUUUACACCUACAGUACCUCAAAUUUCAAUUUUAAAUGAGCAAUUUAAGGGAAUCACAAGAGUUUAAUCAAAAACACUAUAGCAGAGCAGUAAGCACACUGCUUAAGCAGGGCUCAGAAGUUGAAAUUGGCCAAACCAGGAUGGGUGGUGGCUUUCCAGAGGCAACAAUGACGUAAGAAUAGAUGAAGAACAUGAUUGGCACUGAACUGACAGGAUUAUUAUAGUGAAAUAUAUUGGGUGCCUACAAUGUGCCAGGCUUAAAACCACUUCACCAUAGUGCCCAAAGGAAGCUGUCAGAUCAUAAGAUAUAUCUUCCCUCCUGGGAGUUGACAGCAUCUAAGGAAGUCUGACUGGGUAUAAUAGGGAGAAUGAGGCUCAUGAAAUGUAAGUAAAAUGGUAUGCAUCAUUUCAAAAGGACAGCCAGGAAAGUUAUUCUUAUCUUACAAACUACAUAGAAGAGUAUCCCUGAGGGGCAGAGGUUAAGCUGUUUUAUUUAUCUUUUCAUAUUUCAUAGUGCCUUGAACAAUGUACAUAACAGGAGGACUCACAUGUUUGUGGAGCAGUUGAGUAGAGGACUUACUUUUUACCCCCAGGGUAUAGAAUCAUCUAAACUCCUAUAGAAUCCAAGUCUCCUCAUGGUACAGAUAGAUUAUUCUGCCUUCUCUAAUCUAUUUUAAGCAAAAGAGAACAAAAUUCUCAGGACACCCUGAAUCAUUUAAUUAAAAUAGGUUCUUUCAAGGAACCUGACCAGUAGCUUCGAAGAGAAGGCUGAAGAGGGAGGCUUCCUCUUCCGGUCCCCACCUUCAUGCCACCACAUUUGGUAUUGACUAGAGCUAGUUUUCACCAAUAGGAUUUAUCUGUUUGCUGGGUUUGUCAUGCAAAUAGGAAUAAUCCUGUCCUCCUCAGGGUAAACAUUUCAGAUGGAGCAGAUUUAAAAGCAAAAAUUAGAAUGAAUACUGGUGAUCUCUGAACUGGGAAUUUUUUUUAUUCCCUUGAUCUCUCUCUUUUAUUCUGCACUUAAGCAUUGGAGAGAAAAAAAUUCUUUCACAUACCUGAGUGGAUAUUGGAAGCUAUUAAAUAGUAGUUAAAACUGGAAGGGAUGGAGGGAACUUUCCUCCCCCAUUUUUUAAAGUUUGGCUGUAGGUCCUUCUGCCUGCAGGCUACAGUCACAUUAGCAGUUGGAAAUUGGAUAACGACAGCACAAUGACAAAUCCAGGUUGCUUGCAAUAAGUUGCUAAUCCCUUUGCUUUAAUAUUGGAGCAGCGUGUAAUGAUGUUUGGACAUCACUCCAGUUUACUGACGACCCCACUGGGGCCAGCAAUAGAACCUUACAACUGUCUAACAAGGCAUCAGGUGACUCCCGUCGUCACAGCAACGGACACUGGAAUCUAAUCUUCCCUCCAUCCCUUCUAGCACCCAAUAACGCCUAGAUUAUAUAAGUGGCCCAUCAUUGCUUGGUAACUUGAAUCAAUUAACGUUAAUUCGCACAAUGCUAUGAUGUAUUGUGAUCACUUUCAUUUCAGAGAAGGGGGAGAAAUUGCUAUAAGUCACCUAAAAUGAGGUUGUCUGUGGUGCUGAGGUAUUAAUUGGGUGUCCAUAUUAAAUGCAAAAGGAGCCCCAUCGUGAAAGGAAAGUGGAUGAGUGACUCUCUUGGCUGCUAUUGACCUAUCAGAAGAAGACAGUGCCCUUUUCCUUUGCUUUUAUCUAUUACAGUUUUCCCUAUUGCGUGUCAAGUUGAUGUAUUAUAAAAAAUUCAUUUGGUGACCUUUCACCCCCUUAGCAGAUUAAACAAUUUCACUUCGAUGGCAUCAUUAACAGGACCCUGCAUUUAAUGAUGAUUUCUCUAAAAGGCCACGGAGAUUCGAUUUUAAGCUAACAGAUUUAUUGCACUAUUAUAACAUAUCGUAAAAAACUGUACCACCUACGGUCAGGUUUUAGGAUAGAAACUGCUUAAGAGUUUAUGUGGAGCUUAAAGUGGUAUUACCUUGGGAUAUGCUGCAGCAGCAAGUCUCUGACCUCCAGUGAGAUGCUGUUUACAUUUAAUAAGAGAUGUUUGCUCACAAUAAACUUUGAAAUGUGUCAGGGAUGGGCCUUUCUGCAGUGUUCAGCCAGUUGUUCCUCAUCACUUCGUCUCCAGACAUCGAUGUACUUAUGUCAGAAUCUUUAAUGGGUCUUUCAGUUUCUUUAACCCAGACUGCUUGCCUGCACCCAGGCCCUCAUCAGGAAACCUUUAUAAGACUAGGUUAGGAGAGAAAUAGGAUCUGUAACAAUGUUAAAAUUUUCCAACAACCUGGGACCCAUGGAAGGAUAGAAUUAAUGGCAUAGAUUUUAAAAAUAUGGUUUAAAUUAUUCCCUUAAAAAAAAAAGGGAAAGAACCCAUAGCCACUCAGGCUAAGGAAAUUAAUAAAUGAAGACUGGGCUAAUGUCCUUUGAAUUACUGGGGAGUGAUUCUAGCACAGAGGCCAGAACUUUAGCUGGUAGGUGACCAAAGGUAAUUCUUAUGACCACAAAUGUGUGUCCAAGGGUUUCCAGGGCAGAGGGGAGUUAUUUCCUAUCUUGUGAUCAAUGGAUCACAAUGGUGUUUGCUUUUCCAGUAUUACCUCUUCCAAGACUAAUCUUCACCUUUACCUAACAUGUAACCUCCGAGACAAUAAAUACUUUAUCUUUUCCUCCUCACACAGGGAAAGGGAAGAAGUUGAGCAACAGAAUAAGUGAUUUGCAAAUAUCUAAUGAGGGGAGAGGGUAAGCUACUUAAAAUAAAACAAAAGGCUUAUUAGACUUGGUCUAGGCAAAUUUUAAGUCAACUCAACAAAGGAAGCUCUGUGUUUGUGGAAUAUAUAUGUUAUAUAUGACAUGUAGUAUCUAUAUAUCUCCAUUUAACUGCCAAAUAUCUGUCACAUGUCUAUGAUUUAAAACACAACAGGUUUAAUGGAAUGUAAGUGUUUAGUGUUCUUUUAAUAAAGAUAGCUUGGCCAUCCAACAUAUUCAAUUCUGGGUAAAGAUGUUUUAAGGUAUCACAGAUUAUGUUAACUAUUAUUUGCUAAAUCACAUCAGUAAUUAACAUGCUUGAACAAGUUGAGAAGUGAUAUAGCUCACUGCUUUACCACUCAAGACCUUGGUCAAUAGCUACUAAGACCUUUAACAAGUUACAUAAGUUAUUUGAACCUCUUAUUCCACAUAUAUAAAUAAAAGGACCUAUAUCAUAGUGUCAUUUUUUAAAAUGCAAUGAGUUUAUACAUGAAAAGUUUUUAAUAGCUGGUACACAGUUUUUGCUCAGUAAAUAUCCCUUAGAGUCAUUAUACUUCUCAGAUGCUUCUUGCAGUCUAAACAAAUUAAUUCAUUAAUGCCAUAGGUCUUGGAUCUUCUUAAUGCCUACACACUUGGAGAAUAUAAACGUGAAAUGAUGUUUGUGAGGAUUAAAUGUGUAAAUUGCUGGUCUAUUAGAGUUUUCUUUGGCUAUCUCUUCCCAAGUCUGUUCACUGACAUUAUCUUGGUUAUCUAGGAAUCAGCUAUGGCAGGGGACUGUUUACACCACAGAAAUUGGAACACACUACAUAUCAGAGUAUUUUUCCCCCCACAGAAUCAGGGUAUUUCCUCAGAGUGCUGGUUAAAUAACCUGCUACUCAAUUUAUACCUGCCCCUAAAUAAUCAAGUCUAAUAAUUUUCUUUACUGAGGUUUUAAUUUUUGCUGAACUUAAUACAUGGUGACAAGAAUAGAAGUGCAUAAUGUGUGCUUCUCCCCCAUCCCACCCAGUUCACUUUUUAUUAUGCCUAAGUAAACUUAUUAAAUAAACAUAAUUCAUAUAUCAAUGAAUAUUUAGACACUACAUAGUAUCUUAAUUCUAGCAACAAGGGAAAAUAUAAACUAUUUUCACUGGUAAUAAUGUCUUAUGGAAAAUAGUUAUCGA